UUCUUUCUGAGUUUACGACAACCUUUAAUUCAUUCCAUAAAUUUCCUGGUUGCGAACUCACCUUGACAAUUCUUUAAAUCGUCAUCCUCCGUAUCGGCUCGUUUCCUUUGAUCUGCAUCGUCGUCGUCGAUACGACGCGUUAAAGUUCACACCAGCUCGAACUCCACAAUGACGGCUGCAAGUGCCGAGAUGGCGUCGUACAACACGUCCGGCGGAGAGGCCGCCAAUUACGACUCCAAUGCCGAACCACCGCCUCAACAACCGCAAUAUGGUCAGCAAUACGGACGAGCCCCUCCCGGCCCAUCACCGCAACAGGGCUACCAAUACGGCGACAAACCCUUGUUUGACCAGACCUUCAAGGUCGUAAGACCCAAAUGGAACGACCUAUGGGCUGCAAUUCUAUUUCUUAUCGUCGUUGCGGGCUUUGUUGUCGUCUCUGGCAUCUCAAUUCAAGGUUACUCCGCAACGAAGCUCUACAACGGUAGUGGUAUAUAUGACGGCGCCCAAGCCGUCGGGCUAAACACCAAUACUAUCGUAAUGUUUGUCUUCUGUCUUUGCAUAGCUAUGGUAUUCAGCUACGCCUACGUCUGGCUGGCCCGAGCAUUUCCGAAGCAGUUCAUCUGGAUCACUGGCAUUCUCAACAUCGUCUUCGGCCUCGUCACGGCUAUCUACAUGCUGUACCGCAAAUACUAUUCAGGGGGUAUCGUCUUUCUCAUCUUCGUUGCCUUCCUCGUCUUCGCUUUUAUCACCUGGAUCCCUCGCAUCCCCUUCAGCGCCUUGAUGCUGAAAACAUCCAUCGGUGUCUCCAAGACGUAUGGUCAUGUCUACCUCGUUAGCUUUCUCGGCGGCCUGCUCGCAACCGCUCUCGCUGCCUGGUAUAGCGUCACCUUUGUGGCAGUCUAUGUUAAAUACCAGCCAGGCCAAAACCCAGCUUGUAGACAAGGCGUAGGCGGCUGCAGUUCGGCCAAAGUUACUGGUCUGUUGGUCUUUAUCACCUUCGCUAUGUAUUGGAUUUCCGAGUGGCUCAAGAACACCAUCCAUACUAGUAUAUCGGGAGUGUACGGCUCGUGGUACUUUCAUCCUCAUAACCCGCCUCGAGGCGCCACAAUGGGUGCCCUGAAGAGGUCUCUGACCUACAGUUUUGGAAGUAUUAGCUUAGGCAGCUUGAUUGUGGCCAUCAUCAACCUCCUUCGCCAACUUUGUUCAGUUGCCAGACAAAGCGAUGCGGCACAGGGGAACAUCCUGGGAAGCAUCAUGUUCUGUAUUCUUGGCUGUUUCAUCAGCAUCCUUGAAUGGGCUGUCCAGUUCCUCAAUCGUUACGCUUUUUCAUACAUCGCGUUGUACGGAAAGGCUUACAUUCCAGCUGCCAAGGACACGUGGAACAUGAUCAAACAACGGGGUAUUGAUGCUCUCAUCAACGAAUGCCUUAUCGGCCCUGUACUGAGUAUGGGAGCAACCUUCGUGGGUUAUGCAUGCGCUUUGAUGUCCUACCUCUACCUGGUAUUCACAAGCCCUGCUUACAACGCUGAUGGAGCAUACACACCCGUUGUUGUGGUUAUUUCGUUCCUCAUCGGCCUUCAGAUCUGCAAUAUCUUCACAACCCCGAUCGGCAGUGGCAUCGACACGAUAUUUGUCGCUACAGCGUGGGAACCAGAGGUUCUAAUGAGAGAGCAUCCGGAACUGUACCAGGAGAUGGUUCGCGUGUAUCCGCAUGUGCAGGUUGCGAUUCACGCUUAAAUCUAAACCUUCAACUUAGUACUUGGAGUGAGUAGCGAGCGGAGGUGCUGCAAAUCACACGAACCUACUUCACUGAUAGGGGCCAUCCCAGUGCUAGGACAUUACUGCGCAGAUUAGCAGUAGUGAUGAGAUAAUAUUCCAUAGAACGAAUCAUAAGUGUCAAG